UAUUGCUGCCAGCAUGGGGGCUUCAAUGGAGUUUCAAGAGCGGUACCAGAGUCUUCGGUCCGAGCAUUCGUCACCCAUCGGCGUUCAUUUAGACGAUCUUAUCAGCCAUGAAGCCUUCCCGGUUAUGAGAGGCGACUCACAACUCAACAACUCUUCACUGCUGUCUGCGGUGGCAGAGGACCGCGUGCUGGCGACCGAGAGUUUAGACAACUACAAGGACACCAUGUCUCCGGACGGAUAUGUCCGGGGCUUCUCUAGCGCGGUCAAAGCAUUGACCUCUGACGGUGACGUAAAUGGGGCCAGUUCAUUACCCCCUUCCUCCAGUGCUAUCACAGAGAUGAAAAAGGUGUCUUCGUGGAAGGCUGAGAUGAUGGCCGCUGAGGCCGCGGAUACGGCCGCGAGUGUGGAAGAUUACGGCGAGGCGUACACCAGCGGCAGUGAGGUGACCGUCUCGGAAUCAUCCUACACUUCCGACGACUACAGUGACCACGAGACGGACUCACUAGCCGACUUUGAGGUGCCUAUCGAAAGCCUGGAGUUCGGCAAAUGCAUUGGCGAGGGCACAUUCGGGACCGUUUACAAAGGCAACUGGCACGGCAAAGUGGCUAUCAAAGUGCUCAAAGUGGACAACCCGACAGAGGCACAGCUGUCGACCUUCCGCAACGAGGCGGCAGUCUUGAUGGCCUGUCGCCAUGACAACAUCCUGCUGUUUAUGGGCGCCUGCACAAUCCCGCCUAAACUGUGCCUGAUUACGGAGUGGUGUGAAGGGGAUACACUCUUCAAACGCCUCUACGACGACGAUCAGCAACCUCUCACAAAGGUGGAUGUGUGCUCGGUGGCGUACGAGUGUGCCGUUGGGUUGAGCUACCUACACGCGAAGCAAAUUGUGCAUCGAGACUUGAAAUCGGCAAACAUCUUUUUAGUUUCACAGUGCAACAAUGGCAUUGCCACGUACUCUGUGCGCAUCGGAGACUUUGGACUUGCCGCAGCUAAGUCAAAUGUGGGCCAAAGCGGCGACACGACGUCCACUCCAGUGGGCAGUAUACUGUGGAUGGCACCGGAAAUGGUCCGGAGGAAACCGGAUGAAGACCUAGACUUCUAUUUCUCGGAUGUAUACUCGUAUGGCAUAGUCAUGUACGAAAUCUUAGCUGCGGAACUACCAUACAAAGGGUUGAUUCCGGACCAGAUUCUGGUGAUGGUGGGCAUGGGUUUGAUAGCACCAGCUUGGGAGACUGCACGCAAAGAUAUCUGUAGUGAGAUGCUCGAACUUUCUAUCGAAUGCACCAACCGCGACCCAACACGCCGGCCCUCUUUCCGCACCAUUUCUUUGCGGAUGGGUGAAUUCAUGGACCAGGCCAUAAAACAGAGCCAAAAUGAUCCCGAAACCCACCUUUCAGGUAGAACUGUGAGUGGGAACCUUUACGGGAAAAAUGGGUCACCACCCACGCCCGGUCGAGUUCAGCGAACUUGGCUGAGCCAUGUUGAUACGGCUUUGGCCAAUACCGGGAUGGGGAGCGGUGGUGUACCGGAAUCGCCCAGGGUAAUCGUGAAUAGUGCCACCCCAAACAGUUUGACCUCAGCGAAGAACCUAUCUCUCAGCCCCCGGCCGCUUAUAAAUAGGAGCCAAUCAAAUCGCGCCAGCACCAGCACCAGCCUGUACACCGGGCUAGAUAUCGGUUCGCCCAGAUCACGAGCGCGCAGUGGGAGCGAACACGGCAGUCGAACGCCCAAUGGAGUUCUAGAGUUUUCCCGCCGAAAUUCGGGGCGUGCAUCUAGUCCGCUUAAACGGGUGGAUAGCAUAAACAAACUCAACGACAUCGCCGAACCAGGGGACACAACGAGCUCCUCCUCGAAGGACGGGCUGUUGGUUGUGAAGCGGACCAGUGCGUCUGGUUUAGGCGUACACGGUAUCCAUGGCAACCGGAGGGACGACGACAGUGACAGUGACGCAGGCGGCGAGAGCGGCCUAAGCGGGGGUCGUGGUAUGGGUGUGCUACACAGCAGCAGCUUGAGUGGCAACGGUACCAGUGGCAGUGCGUUGUUCGGCUUUGCCAAACGCGCGUCAAGUGGGGGGGUUACAGACAGACCGAAGUCCACGAGUUUUGCCGGGGGGUACCCGACCAGUGUGUUUGACUUUGGCAGACGUGCCAGUGGUCCUGGUGGUGCAAAUGCGGUUAAGAGGGAAGAGGAGAGUAGUGGGAACAGUUCUAUAAAUAGCGGCCAAUCUAAUGCCACCGGGGUGGGGCCAGGCUCUAGUGCAGCGUCGGCCAAGACCGCAGCCAUGGGCACACCACUCAGCACAUUCGACUUCACGCGCCGAAAUAAAGAGGAAGGCACAGGCCAUAGCACAGGCACAGGUACAAGCACCAGCACAAUCGAGCAUACGAUCACCAGCACCAGCACAGACACAGACACUGGGGCCAACACCAGCACCGACACCAUCAAGAACGCCGACUCGCAUGCACGCGCAGAGAGUGCCGCAGAGGUGAAAGGGUUUGUGUACCCGACCAGUGCCUUUGACUUCUCACGGCGAGGCGACGGGGAAAGAAGCCACACGGCCACGGUUGCACAGAAGAGUGCUGUGGCUACGGAUAAGCUUACUGGGACGGGUGGGGGACAGAGUGACAGUCUGCCUCUGGGGAAAGGCCUACCCCAGACAGCCCCAAUAGGUAAUUGGCCGAGGGCCAAGAGUACGGGAAGCAAUUUACGUUUGGAUUUGCCGGCGAGUGACUUUGAUUUCUCGGUCCAGGAACACGAGGCCACGGCGCCUGUGAGGAGUGCCUCCGGUACGUUUUAUGACCAGUCCAGUACGUUUUUUAGUCGUUCGGGUCUGUUAACUGCGGGAAUCGAAACGCCUGCGCAUACCGCCACAACAGGGUCGGGCGGAUCGAGUAGGAGUUCAAGCGGAGCCACGCGGCAGGUAGGCAGUGUGAGGUAUCCCACCAGCACGUUUGACUUCUCUCGGAGAGAUAAAGCAGCCGGUACCACUACGAAUGCAGCCCCCGGCAGCGGCAGCCAUGCAGAUGUACGGCCUGAAGAAGGUGGUGACAAGCAAAAGAGCCAUGAUAGCUUCAGGAAGUUUGGAUCGCUGGCGUAUCCUACCAGUACUUUCGAUUUCUCGCGAGGGAAGGAGAUGGAGUCUCCCAUAAGCGAGGAGAAACCCAGAGGCACAGGCGUCCCGGUAAGCACGGGCGGCAAUAGCGGGACGUACACUCUCAGGGGUGUGGACAUACCAACAAGUACCUUUGACUUCUCACGGAGUAAACCCCACACCAAUGCAGAGGAACACGGCAGCAUUGCCACCACCGAGAGUGCCGGUGCGGACUUUGUUGCUAUGGCAAUCAAGUCACCGAAGCUGGCCCGGCCGGCCAGCGCGGGCGGUGCGCCAGUGAGCUCAUUUGACUCCAGCUGUAGAACGAGUGGGAAGAAGAAACUCGCCAGCGAGAGUUUCAAACGGUUUAGUGUGGGCCAAGGUGCGGUAGGUGCGGGCACGAGUACGAGUACGAGAGAACCGGUAUCUCAUAGCGGGUCUGGUGCGUCCGGACAGCUCUCCCCCCGAUCACGUCCAAUCAGUGAGACCGGGUCAGCGGGAUCUGGUGCGGUAUCAGCGAACAUUACUAGCAAGACAGUCCUGCGAGAGCGCUCGAAUAGCCGUACCAGCUUCACGAGUUUACGUAAUUCCAUCUCGGGUCUCGGGCGCCACAGCCACAGCCACGGGCACAAGGACAAGGAGAGCAAAAAACGUAAAGACAAGGACAAGGAAGGUACUUCCAACAACAGUACCGGCACAGUAGGGGGAGAGGAGAGCGGGAUUUCGACCGAGAGUCUGCAGUGGAUCCCAUCGCAACAAGAGAUCAAAGCGGCGCUACAGAAGGGCACGUCGCGCGUAUCAGCGCCCUCGUUUGUGCCGACACAAAAGGACAUACAGAACGCGCUCUACAAGGGUAACUCACGGGUCAGGCUCCUUUCCACAGGCGCGCUGGCUGGCCUGGCGAGCAAUACCGAGACGGGAACCGGGACCAGUUGUGCAUCCGAAGAUUUGGAGAGCGACGACUACGAUUACAGGGCUGAUGGAAAGGGCAAUAUGGAACCAGGAACAGAGUUUCGGGAGGAUCUGCGUAGUUUCCCUUCGGGAAGCGGGGGACGAUUAAACCUUAAUGUUAGGAAAACAGGAUCGGUGGGGUCUGUAUCUAUGUCGAAACAGAGUUCGAAUGCGCGGCUCGUUAUGGGGCGUGAUCGAGAUCGCAGUCAUAGUCUGUCACGCAACAAUACCCCGUCGCACAGUUCCAGCGCUACGGUGAAUAGGAGCAAUUCGACUUUUGCGGGCGGGACGAACCCGUACACAGAUGCCCAGAACCAGGACGACUACUGUGGUAUUAAUAGCGACAGCAGCAUGCAGGCGCACGGGUACGCGCAACGACUGAAGCAGACGCCCACCCACACGCCCGCGGACAACGGCAGCAACAACCCCAACGAGACCAGCGGCAACACUGCCAGCAGCACCACACACACUCCUGGGUACGCACAUGCACAUGCGUACCAACACGUACCGAAUAGCUACACCAUCAAAACGAGGGCGAAUGUGAACCAGUCACCCGUAGUCAUUGAGAAAACUAUAAACAGCCCAAGCCUGAUGACGUCAUUGGGUGUAGGGACGGUCGCGAGCGUUGCUAGACAACCGUUGUUUGACUUCACGCCGCAGGAGACGUCGCCGCGUAUUCUGACUCCGGAUAUUGACGAGCACGACUACGACUACGAUCACAACAAUCACCACAAAACCAACGCCUACGCCAAGCACAACUACUAUAUGAGGGCCAAUAGCAACGACGGCGCUGGCAACAACAGUGGCGACUACGAACACCCACUCAGCAAUAUGAAGGAUAGUACUGGCAGCUUUGCUCUGGCCCGCAAGAGCUCGGGCAAUAGGGGGGCUGGUGCCACCCUGGGAGCAUCUGCGGGUAGUGGAGAGAAAGGUGCGUACGGCAGCGGUACCUUUGACCUGCAUACAAAUGGCAGUACAGCCCGGUUAGGCCUGCGAGACGUCCCACACCAACUGGAUAGGUCGAGGGCAGGUUCAACGCACGAGAGCCGAAGGUAUGAUGCCGGGUCCCAACGCUUUGGCUUGAAUGACACGGGUGAUCAAAGCGAGAGGGGGCACAGUCACAAACCGCUACAGGGCAGUCGUAGUGCGGAGAUGCCGUAUUCGAUGACGGGGUUGCUGUGGGAGGAUACCGUUUUGGCCGGUGGUGCAGGAAAGCGGGACGAUGGUGACAAUGAAAUGUUUGACUACACUAAACCCGACAGUGUGAAAGCGCACAGGCGCCAUAGCCAACUGAGUGAUAAGGGACCCCCACGGAGACGCCACUCUAACCAUGGAUUGACCCCCGGGAAGCAUCUGCAGUUGGCCAAUGGUGAGGUGACCCCCUUAGAACUGGCUGAGAAACGCGGUCGUACGCUGGGCAGCACAAGUGUGUUCAUGGACGUUUCGAGCAGCAGCGAGUCCAGCGACGUGGAUGACCGUAGAAGUGGAACGAAAUCCGACACGGGGGUUGCGAGUAGCCUGAGUAGAGAUAAGGAGUUCAUUGCCAUGGCAACGGCUGUGGUUGGCAACACCCCGGGGAAAAAGCGGGUGGUGAGUAGGAAACGUGGAAGUGUCGCUGAUGUUCAAAACCGCAUGGCCAGUGUAAGUGAGGCUGAACGUGAACGUAGUGUGUCCCGUAGCACGACGCCCGUUAAUGAAUUGGGUGCAGUCGAAACCAAAAACAAGGGCAUUCAGGUCUCGAGACAGAUUUCUGGUCACUUGGCACCACAAUUGGAAUCACGGGAUGGUCGUUCUCAGGGCCACAGUUACAUGUAUGACCACAAAUCGGACACGGAGUACACCGGUAGGUCCCGGUCGCAUAUGCAGGACAAUCGAUCUGCACAGAAACACGCACUACCCCAGAACUUGCAGGCAGGCAUCCGGAGCCAAGCAUCAAGCAACACACUUACCGCUAUGGGGUCGGGCGUAAUGCGGGACAGGGAGUUCAGCUUCGAUCUCGACGGCUUUUCCGCUGUACAGGACUCGCCCGUGCUAACCAAUUUAGAGGCGGUCACGGAUGCGGAUCACUCUUCCACCAACCUAGCGGGGACUUAUACGCAUAGCCCGUUGAUUGCGAAAUCUGCAUCAAGCACGUUUGACAUGGGGGAGAGAGGGAAUUUAGAACAGGAUGGGAGUGACUGUAGCACUGAGAACCCGUUGUUUCGGGGCGUGAGUCCAGAACCAAGCCCUACGUGGUACCCUUAGAGACCUGGGUUGACCAAGUUCAUGUCUGGUCUGAGUUUGUCACGAGAGUAUUCGCAUUCUGUCGGUGGUUCUGUGCACUGUAGGAGAAUUUUCCUUUGCUAUUCUGUCUCCGAUCGCUGAGGCAGGCGAGAGCUCGGCUCUCUGUGGGGCAAACUCAGUACUGUAGAAGUGGUAGUACAAGUGUUGGGUUGUUUGUAUGUGCGCUCAAUUCUUUUGCCAUCCUAUCACCCACAUAGGACUACACACCCGCACCUAUCAGACAAGUAGUGCGCAUCAUCCUCAACAUGUCGUACAAUCGUAUGCUCGUAUAUACUAAAUCACACACACCUACAAGUAUCCUUAUAUUCCCUAGAUACUACCGACUGAGGCUCGUUGGAAUAUCAAGCCUCACACUCAACCACUACAUGAUUGCUGUAAUGUUUACGCGUGUUGGAGAGGCUGCUAGUCAUAUCGGAGAAGCGCAAGAAAAACAUGCCAUACAAGUUUUCGGCCGUGCCGGACUACUAAGCAUCAUUUAAGAGCGAAUAAAACUGUGC